AUGGGUGAAAUGAAGCCUCCGGGUCAGUCUGGCACUGGAACUGCCUCCACGGCGUCUGCGUCGCGGCUUCGCCAGUUCAUCAAUAGCCCGGCGGGGCCACGCACGGUGUUCUUCUGGGCGCCGGCUAUGAAGUGGGCGCUAGUCAUCGCUGGUAUCCGGGAUCUAAAUCGCCCUGUUGAUCGAGUGUCCACGGCACAGAACGUAGCGCUUGCAGCAACUGGGGCGAUCUGGGCACGGUGGUCGUUCCAGAUAGUACCCAAGAACUACAGUCUGGCAACGGUGAACGUUUUCGUGUGCGCGACCGGGCUGUACCACUUGUUUCGAAAGGCGCGUGCGUACCUCGAGACGCGCGCUGCAUGA